AUGGCAGAUAACUACGAGGAGGGCGAGUGUUCAACAGACGCCGCCACCACUCCUGACGCCGCCGCAACAGCCGCCACAACAGACGCCGCCGCCACCACACCAGAUGCCGCCGAAACAGACACCACCACACCAGAUGCCGCCGAAACAGACACCACCACACCAGACGCCGCCGCAACAGACGCCGCAACAACAGACGCCGCCACCACACCAGACGCCGGUUCAACGGACGCAACCACACCAGACGCCACCAACACUGAUGCAACCACACCAGACGCCGCCGCAACUGACGCAUCCGCACCAGACGCAGCCGCAACUUACACCACCACACCAGACGCUACCACUCCAGACGCCGCCUCCGACGUCGCCGCCCCCAGCUGA